UGAGACUGCGUUUUUAGACACGGCUGUAUACAAAGGCACAAGAAUCAAGGAAAAAUCUAUCCUUGAUGCAAAGACACAUUUUAAACAAAUGAAAACCUUCUUGCACAUACAUUUCACCUCACCUGGUGUCACCCUCCAAGUGUUAAAAAAGGAUUUGUCAAAGGAGAAGCCUUGAGAAUCCUACGAAAACAACCUUUGAGGAAAAUAAUUGAAAUUAAAAAAAACCCUUGAUGGACGGGAAUAAAGGAAAUAAAAUUCACAAAAGGAGUCUGAACUCCUAAAACAAAACAAGGAGGAAAAAGAAAUAUUGCCAUUCGUGACACAAUACCAACCCUCAGUGUCUACUAUGAAGGAAGCUUGAAUGAAAAAAUGGAAUCUUAUACAAAACCAACCAAUUACCAUAACUUCAAUAAUUUUUUAAAGAACCACCAAUCAUUUCCUUACAAAAAAGGAAAAUCAUUAAAGGACAUGCUCGUUAGAGCCAAAAAAAGGUUAACAAUGGGUUUCAUGGCCGUAGAGAUGUGCGGCCUGUCGCCUUUUGCAUUUUCCCGCACAACAGGUUUGUGAGUAUUGUAGCAAUAAUUCCAGCUGUGUUUUAUAUAACAAGUGUGGUUAACUGUCUCGUUAGUAGUUAGUGCCUAUCUAUGUAAUAAAAUAGGGUAACCCACCCCCUAAGGGUAGCUGAAAAUUGCACGACCCACCCCUUGCAUAAGGCUCAAAACCUCAUGACCCACCUCCUCUCUGCUCCGGCCCACCGCCCCCCCCCCCCCCUCCCUCUAUACUUUUUGACCGGUCCCUUAACUAAAACACUCAUAGUGAUUGUAUUUAUUAAAAUAAAUUUAGUUAGGCUUGUGGAAAUAUGUACAAAGUGCAAGACAAGAUUCUGAAAUCGUCCACUCUACUACUUUUCUUAACACUUCAGGCGCGCUAAGGAAGACAUUGAACUUAAACGGAUGGCUUGGCCGGCAGAAACUGCUGCUGCAUACAGUGGUAUGACAAUGAAAACAGUUCAAAUGCUUCAAGACUGGUGAAACUGACAAGGCAUAGGCUUAACAGUUUUUUGUGUAAAGGCAAAUGAAUAUUAUAUUUUAGCAGACUCAUAAGGGGUUGAAACGGGUAACUCGCGUUCAGUGCUCGUAAAUGUUCAUUUUUUUUAAGUACUAUAUUUGGAAAUCCUCUCUGCGGCCUUAAAAAAGCAAUAGGUUUAACAACUGAACAACUUUGCACGUGCAUCAGGGGCACCCAACGACUGUUUUCUGUAAAAUGUCUGUUCGGAGAAGCAAAUAUUGCCUAGAAUUUUCUAUUACUUAAGGACUUCUAAACAUUUCUAGGUGACCCUUCCAUUCAUGUACAAUUUUCGAAGCUCAUCUCAUAUUAAAUUCCCUAUUAAAGAUUUUCCGAAGUUUAAUUUUUCACAAUUUUUUUUUUUUUUUUUUGGGGGGGGGGGGGAUAGGUCAGCGGUCAGGAGCCAAGAUGGACGUUUAAUUUUGAGCACCUGCUUCUUACCUUAAUGAGUCGUUUUUCUACUGUCCUUUUGUUAAUAAUUUUCACUGAAAUCAUGCAUAAGAGUCAGUUACUGCACUAAAGCAACAAAAUCAAGAUUUAAAGGAUAAGGUCGACGCCUUUUCGAAGAAAAGAACGCAGCUGAAAGAGAAGCUUCGGGUCGAUUCGGCCAUUAACGUACCUUUGGUGCUGAAGCAGCUGCUUCGUCUGGUAAUAGCAAUAAUAAUGCUUCGAAUGAUAAAACCGUGUCUCGUAGUCUACAAUAUCUGAGCGACGAAUACGACGACCUGUCGGCGUCUAAUUCUAGUGCCGUUGAUCAACUCAAGGCAUUAAGCCGUCGUCUUAAUAAGCUUAGCGCUGAAGUCACACGUGUUGGCAACGCCAUUGACGAGGUUGAAGAAUAUAGCUACCAAUCUAAUGUAAAAAUAAUUGGCCUGGCAGAGAAAAGCAGUGAAACCGCAGCUGAAACAAGCUCCCUUUUCGUAAAAUUAUUCCAGGAGAUUGGGGCAGAAGUGUUUCUGUCGGACAUUGACAUUGCUCAUCGCGCCCCCUCCAGGCAGCAUAAUAGCGCUCCGAAACCCAUCAUCUGCAAAUUUGUAAGACACCUCGCAAAAGCAAGUGUCAUGGAAACUCGACAAAGUGCCGCUGAAGUCAACCCAUCAAAUAUCGGUCUGUCUGUUGAUAGAAUCUUCGAUCACCUCACCCCCUAAAAACAACACCUGUUGUUUGAAGCGAAGAGAUUUAAAGAACUGAACCAAUACCGCUUUUGCUGGGCUAAGAAUUCCACGGUUUAUUUACGUAAGAGUGAGGGUUCCCUAUACCAAUAAAGAUAACGGACAUUGGUAGUCUUCAGCAACUUGCCUCGGAGACCUGGCAUUAUCAGUGCGAUAAGUAUUUACUGUUUUACUUUAGUUAGUUUUAUUCAUGAGUGCUAACGAUCAAAACUCUCCCGAUACUCUAUCUUUAUUCCGUGAGCUCGCGUAUUUUGGAUUAAAUGUAAACUUAGCUCAUGGUCAAUUUAAUAAUUGUUUACCUUCUCAUUUGCCGGCCCAAAAAUACGUAGAAAAACUCUCUAGCAUUUAUGACCUUAAUCUUUUCAGGCUAAACGUACUUGAAGACCCCAAUCCGGGUGAUAGUCUCUAUAAUCAUCGUAUUCAUAGUCGAUACUAUUCCCCAUAUAGUUUCUACAAAUUUAAAAGUGAACUUCCCAGUCGUGUCAAUGAUUCGAGCUUCUCUCUUUUACACAAUAAUAUCAGGAGCUUUAAGCGAAACCUUGAAAACUUUCAAUUUCAUCUAUUGGACGAGUUAAAUUUCGAAUUUAGUAUUAUAGGAGUCUCAGAAACUAAAAUAAUUAGCGGUAAAGAAAUGGAUGUUAAUCCAAGAAUACCUGGAUAUGAUUUCGAGUAUGUUCCGACACCUCUAGCUUCUGGAGGUGUUGGCUUGUAUGUUAAUGAUUCUCUGAAAUAUACUGUCAUUGAAAAAGUACGUGAUGAAGCCUUCCAGUCACUUUCGAAAUCCAACUUCCGCAGAAAAGCAACAUCAUUUGUGAUAUCAUCUAUAGACAACAUAACUCUCCCAAACUCUCGUGCUGCAAAAACGAGUCCUCGUGCUUUGCUGAAAAACGAGUCCUUUAUUUAUUUUCGUUUGAUGUGAAAAAGUCUUUUCUGAACCCAGAACCCAUGACUGUGCCGAUUUUUAUUUAUUUCCUAAAAAAAUUCUACAUCUUUACAAAUGUUAUUUUUAUGCUAAAAAAGAACCUUUUUUUCUGGCUGAAAUUUUCGAAAAAAGUUUUGUAUAAUUUCUAUAAUGUUUGACGUCUCCUGCAUGAAUGCCUAUAUCUCCGUUUAAAUACUAAAAUAACAUCUGUGAUUUUUUGAACUAAUUCUCGUUAAAGCUAAUCCAAAGCACAAGCAUGAGACCAGGUUUUCUUCGUCUGGAAAUGAUUAUGUCCAAACUUCAAGACUGAAUCUAAAUCAAGAUUCUUUUUCCAGGUUUGGAGCUAAACUUUGGAACGCAAUUCCUAACGAAUUUCGUGACCUCUCCAAAGGAGCUUUUAAAAAAAAUUUUCGUGACUUUUUGCUCUCGAUAAUGGAAGCAGAGGACGAUUAUGUUGAAGUGCCCGUUCUCCUAAAAAAAAAUGGCAAAUUCUGCAUCCUUAAUGCACUAAUAAUUGAUAGGUUCUGUUAGUAGUAAAUUUGUCUUGUAAUAUCAUUCUGUAAGACUAUAUAUUUUAUCCACGUAGUUUAUGUAGUCACUUUACAAUAUCAUCUGUUAUGACUGCUGUAACCUUUCCUCUUUGUCCGUCUCGUCUAGCUUUUGCUAUUUGCGAGCGGAGAUGCAUGGCAAAUUGGUGUGCAUGAAAAUAAAGUAUAGUGCGGUCUACAUUUCACUCCCCAGGUUGGGCUAUUUUUCGUAGCAAAAGGAAACCUAAAAUUUUCGGAUUCAAAAAUGUGAUGGAAAGAGGAAUAAGAAAAAUUCUCUCCUUCGUAAUACGUUAAAUUGCAUCUAAAAUUUUUGGGAAAAUAAUAUUGACUCUCUUGUAAUUUCGAAAAGACUCAAGUUUCCCUAGGGUGACCGAACAGAUAUACAAAUUUCAUAGUGCCGCUUUUAGAGUGCUUUUCUAGAGAUCAAUGAGUACUCUGAAUAGCCGAAGAAGUGUUUUCAAUGUAUUUAGGAGGAAACCGUCGUUGGGUACCCCUGGUGCAUCAAGCUUUUUUGUACAUUUCUUUGCCGUCACUGCACGACUAGACCUACUACGACAUGCAUGAAAGUGUUCUUUUGUGGAGGGCGAAAACACGAUACUUCUCCUGAACUUCGAUACAGUCUUUAGACGAACUGAGCGAGAUUGAACAAGUGCGUUAAAUAUUUUGUUUUUUGAUUGUUUUUUCUGGCGAGGUUUUAACCGUUUGUUAAAAAUGCGAUUGCAUGAAUGGAAUGGAAUGUGGUGCUUGGUGUGUACAGCAAAACGCCUGCAAAGGUAGCAUUGCUAGUAAUCAUUUAGUUUUCAUCUGUGUGUCUAGGUUCCUUAUUAAGCAAAGUGUCCUGGGAAUGGGAUGAGUACGAUGAUAUUCAACGAAAAGUAACAGCGAAAGCGAUAAUGAAUGAUAAGGAUCCUCUGUUACUGGCCGUAAAGGUAAGUGGUUAGACAAAGCUUCCUGCCCUGGUCAGGUGAGAAGCAGAUAGCGGGUUCUCUACGCAACUAAUUGAAGUUAAAAUUUUGCUCUCAAUCAUGUGACUUCAUUUUUUUCCAAAAAUCGUUGAAAUCGAAAAGCGAAAACAAAACCUAAGAUUGCUAGCAAUACCAUCCUGCAAACUGUUGGCACAAACCGAUAAAAACUGAAAAAUUGGUUUCUUGGCUUCAGUUUUCGUUAAGCGACCCGAAAGUCGCGACAGCUGACCCGGCGUGUUGAGCUCCGUUUUAGAGAGGCCGAGAGAGGCGACAAUCAGUUGUUUAGGUUUCCAUAAAGAGAAUGUUUGUCUGUAGUAUUACUUAAGGGUGAUUAUUUGUGAAUCUAUUGUGUCCUGGCAGGUGACUGAGAAACUUCAUGAGCGGGCAGCUAAGGAGGAGCCUAAUAAAGAUGAUUUCAUUGAGCUGGCUAAUCGUGUGGAGGAGUUUACAUUGCGCUUUUUAGACCCACUGACAGAUCAGAAACAAUGGCGAGAGGCGUUCGCCUUAAACCCGGGAACGGAUGUUUUACUGGACACGGCUAUCAAGUUAAAUCAAAAGAAGGUUAAGGAAACAAACGCUAGCCUUUCGUAGUGAGAUAUUAUUUAUGAGAAAAUAAUUUGUACUGUUACAGUACCGACUGAAAUACCUCGGUAGCCAUGCAGUGAGCAAAAUUCAGUGAAAUUCAAUGUUCUUUAAAGAAAGAAUGAAACAAACAACAAACACUUUAAUUUUGCACCGUAAUGUCCUGAUGAUGUAUCAGUGUAUGAAACAAUUAUUGAAUGAGGCUGAGUAUGAUAUGAGGAAUUAUGCAGAUCGAGGAGAAUGUUACCUACCUGAUAACCGUCUCCAAGAUCUGUAUACUACUUCACAUCAUACGAAAUCCGAAUUCAAUAAUUGUUUUAUUAUUCAUUCAAAAUAUUUCUAAGUCAGUCUAAUCAGACAUGCCUCUUCGUAGACUUUUUUCAAAACUUUGUCCUAUUUCUCGGCACGAUUUCAGGAUAUAUUACGAUGACUGUUCUUGCACAUUCUCCAAGUAGAUAACAUUCAUCGAUCAAUGUUUUGCGUAUUCUUGCAAUUCUUCAGUUCUGCUUUAGUCAGAAAUUCACUGGCUAUUUGGACUUCGGAUUACCGAGAGCGCCAUGUUUUUUAGUUCACUAUGUGGAAGCAGGCUUACAUCACUUAACCGCGUUUGAUAAUUUCUAAAUAGCCAAAAUCCGAUGCUUUUACCAGCUCUUUAAACGCAAGUAAAAACAGAUAAUCCUACUUAACAUGCCAUAUAUCAAUUAUUUUUUCCUUCUCAUAAGAAGUCUGGGAAAUACAUAGUUUCUGUAGAACAUUUGAGGAGAAAUCGAACAUUUAACUUAGUUUGUGGUGUUACUUAUAGUCAUAUUAAUUUUGUCUUUGCGUUAAGUUAUUAAUUCCCUUAUUUUUUUGCAGUUUUUUGAUCACCCAAUUGUAAUAAGUAUUAUGGAUGAGAAGUGGCAUGGCAACCGUCAAAUAGCAUUCAUUCCGUCAAACCUCUGGUGGUUGUUCCUCAACUUAUGGUGCAUUGUUGACAUAGUUUUGUUUCCACUUUCUUUCUCAAUAUUUCUUGUUUUAGGUAAGGAACUAAUUCUCAUGCUAUUUCAGGCGAUAAAUCCAAAGAUAAAUAUAGUCCGCUUAUGACGUUUUGCGCUGUACUUUGGAAUUUUGUCUUGAUGCAUGCACUGUAAGAUCGCAGAAUUCAAUAAUCACCCGUCGUACUGUUAAAAAAUUGCAGAAAAAAAGCAAUUCUUAAAAAUUACAGUUCGUUCGCUGUGUAUGGUGGUGGAGUUGUAAAUAAAUGAAAGUGAACUCACAAAUCCUAGCCGUGCCUGAAACUAAGCUACAUGAUGUAGCUGCUACCGGCCGGCGGGAUCAUUAUACAUUGGAAGAAUCGUAAGUUCGUGUACGUAAAGUACUGGUCCAAGUUAUUUUCAGCAUAUUGGUGUAUAUAAUUAUGUGUGGAAGGGAGAUAACAACUGAAUGGAGAAUUAAGAAUCUUUUAGGGGAUUCUUUGCAGUAACUCAUGAUUGACUUGUUUAAUUUUUUCCUUUUUACCUAAACAGGAUGUGUAGCAACUAGAGUAGAAUGGUUGAGGUCUAUUUUUCGAAGUAAGUCAAAUUUAUCAGUUUGCUUUUUAUCAGGUUAGACUUCAUAUGAUGAUACCAAAUAAAUGAAUGCAAGAAAGGACGGACAAACGAGCGCGGAAGGAACGAUGUCAUGUUAAUAGUUCAAGUGUUAAAUGUCACUAUGAAACAAAACUGUAUUCCUAAGGCGGAUAUUUUCCGUCCAGACUGUGUUGGCAACGUCACCGCGCAGGUUAUGUAGGUUUUCAACACUUGACUAUAAAGUGACAAGACUAAUCUUAUGUAAUCCUUUAUUUAUUUAUUUAUUUAUUUUUGGUAGAUGUUCGAAGCAUGAUUUUUUUUCAUCUAUAUCAACUAUUAACAAUGUGAGUCAAUUUGCAUUCAAAUCCCGCCUUAAGCGUUAUUUGUUUCGUCAUCUGUUUUGUUCUCUGCAGGGAGAUUAUUUUAUCUACGUGAUGAAGAGUUCAAGGCUACAAGUGAGUAUUUUGUGACUGCCGUAGACUCCCAAUAACUCGAGCCUUCUAGGGAAAUGGAAAAAGUUCGAGUUAUUUGGAGUUUGAAGCAAAUAACCGGAAGGAAGGAGAUAAGCAAAUGGACAAUGCAACGCAAUGCAUUGCAUUGCUUUGCAUUGGUAAUGCAAUUAAGCAAUAGACACUGAAUUUGAACUGGAGUGAAAAAAAAUAAAGACAAAGAAUUGACACUGUUCUUUUGAAAUAAAUUCAAAGUGUCGGACUCCAGUACACGGUCUUUUCCCCGACUUGUCACGCCCUUGUAACAUGGUACGAGUUAUUGGAGGGGAAAAUCGAUUUUCAUUGAAAUGAUCUAAAGUGAAGCAAAAAGUACUUCGAGUCAGCGGGUAGCCUGUUCCAGGUGUUCAGAUAGUAGAGCGCAAGAGAAUUUAACUCGCUCCCUACUGACCGCCGCGCUCUACUAUCUGAACGCCUGGAACAGGCUAGUUAGCGGGAGUCAACUGUAUUCACUUAUUCAGAAAACCUUAAUGUGAAGUUAAGUCCCAUCAGCAUUCACUUUUUUAGGCAGAACUAUAAAAAUCCUUGUCUGCAAUGGACAAUUCAUGCGUCAAUAAAUAACUUAUAUUAUUGCGUUACGGUUCAGUCAUUCUCCUAAACUCUGUUUUAAUAAACUACCACUCUUAAAGAGCAGGCUUUACAAUGAAGGUAGAAUCGUGUCAAGAUAAAGUGUCCAUUUCUACAUUCCGAGUUUUUACGUCUCUCUCCCAAAAAAUUAAUGUCCAUUUUUUUCCACAGGUUUAUAUCAAAGAUACAAGGAGUUUUUUAUACUUCCAUACUUCAUCUUUGUUCGGGAUACGCUGAGCUACCUGGCCCUCUUAGGAUUGCAUUUAGCACUUUGUGUUGAGCCUUCACAACUUGAAUUCAGCGUUCUGGAAUGGACAAUUUUAGUAUUCCUCUUCGGUCGGCUGUUGGUUGAAAUUAAACAGGUUGGACACUUAAUGCGUGGCAAGGCGAGGAAGAUAAAACUUUUAGGCAACUAUUUCCGGUAAUAUCUUACUAUGCUUGUUGACGUAAAUAAAUUCUAUUUUCCCAAAACCCUACCAUGUGCCGCUCGAAACCAAAAAUCCACCUUCAAAGGGGAAUAAAGCUCUGCACAGAAAAUAAAGCUCUACUUCUUCCCAGAAGGCCGGGUAUUAAUUUAUACUUUUGACGUUUUCUUUUAAGCCAUUGUUGCUAAAGCUUACAAAAAGACUAAACUGGCUAUGAUUUGCCGUGUUUUAAAGUACUGUAAAGGUCUAACUUUUAAGCAUCUACUUUUUACGGUUGCAUGUUCAGCCUUUAAUUAACCUGUUUAUCAAGCUAAUCGUUUCUUUAUUAAUGGUUUCCUUUCCGAUUUUGCUGAGAUCACUUUUCAAUGGCCUUAGAAAUGUUCGCCACUAUUUACCUCGAUUUCAAAGAAUAAUUGUUUAACAUUUUCAUUUCCUUGUAGUGAUCUUUGGAACUUAUUUGACGUCACCUCUUUGGUCAUCUUUUUCUGCGCAAUUUUACCUCUACGGAUUUUCACAUGGGUGGAGUGGGGAACCGUAAGACACAACCGGACACUGGAUAUAGCCGCAAUACUUUAUGGCGUCAACACCAUGCUGUUUACAUUUCGAGUUUUUGGCUCCAUUUUAGAAGCUUUUGAAAGAGUAGGAACAAUACAAAUUGCCUUAUUUUGCAUUAUUAAAGACGCUGUUGUAGUAGUACUUCAUUUUGCCUUUAUCACCCUAGCGUUUUCAAGUACGAUAACGAAAAUAUUUGUUGCCGAAUCGACGAUGGCUGGGAACACUGUAAAGCAUUCGUAAGUAUUAUAUUUCAGAAUAAGUACUUUUAAAGGUUAUCAGGCAUCAUUAACACAGUUCUCUCUCCUUCCCUCUUCCCGUGAGCCAUCUUUCGAGUAAGUACUAUAAUGGUUCUAGAAGUCAUGGUGAUCGUAAGUUUAAUUUGGUCCAUCAUUUAACCCUGCAGCCCGGCUGGCCCAGCACUCUGAGUCUUGAAACAAUUAAGGAGAAGAGGCUGCCUUUGUUUCAUAUUUGCAAAAGUAUUUUCUCUGGAAAGACCCAUUAUUACAGUGCUUUCACAUCAGCUGACUGGUCCUUAGUGACUCUGUGUGCCUAAAAAAACCACUAGCUGCGCAACAAACCUCUGGCCGGCAGUAAACAGCCUAGAGUACAACUGUCUUUGUUCUUGGGUGGGUCAUUAAUCUGUAGGGAGAGAUCUCCAUGUUGGUGGAUAACUUCUUGAUCCUCCUUUACGAAUCAUAAUGGAUGCCUCGUACGAGAAUUAAAGUUCUCAACAUUGAUUAUUUUCGUUGAUUUUUCAGUUGGUGGGAGAUCAUCUCUCAACUUGGCUUAUCCUUGCUGGAGUUAUCGGAUGGAUUGAGUUUUUUCCAGUCAACUGACACACUCUCACGAGCCCUUAUUCAUUUGUUAUACGCUCUCUUUCUCGUCAUGGCUCUCAUCCUUCUAAUAAACAUGUUGAUCGCAUUGCUCUCAAACACCUACCAGCAAGUACAGGUAUUAAAAUGGUCAUAAUUGACCUCUGGCCAAACAUUUCGUGCAAUCGUCUUAGUCAGCACGUGUAGCCUCAGUUCGCCUGUAUAUCUAGCUUUGAAUCUUUUUUUGGACUGUAGGUUCUGAAGAAAUUUUUGACAGAAACAGACAUCUUUUACACCUCUCUCUGGCUUGCUUUAGAGGUGGCCUGCCGGCAUAUUUUUGUCUGGGAUGGCUUGCAUUUGUUGGCAAAAUAAUACGAAAAAUUUAUUGAAAGUAUCCUUCCCGCAGAAUCAGGCUAAAAUGGUGAAGUGGCCAAAAUUGAUUUGCAUCUUAGACCAGUCGAAUUUUCAGUCCCAGUCUUGACUACUUCAGGCUCCUCUAACGGUUUUCUCUCGUUCAUUUGCACGCAGACUAAUUCAAGACAGGAAUGGGCAUUCCGCAAAGCUGUUACAAUCCAGACAUAUAGCAACUAUCAUCCUAUACCAGUGCCAUUAAACAUCAUAUCCACUGUUGCCCUGUGGUUUUGCGGCAAAAAGCCCAGAGCUGAUGAAACCGAAGCAAGAAACAAAGACCUAAAUUUGGUAAGUCUAUGGUUGUUUUGUUAUAGUGCUAGAAGUGAAAAAUAGUUUUUCAUCGUUAUUGUAACAACUAAAAUUUGAGCUCACUAGCCGCUCGGCUUUGGUCAGUACUGACAAAGUUAUUGACUUCAUUUAUCAGCAAACAGUGUGUAUGCGUUGACUCCAUGCUGAUGACGUUCAAUUAACCAUUUUCCAAUUAACUAAUGCUUUCUUAUUUCUGUCGUUAGAGAACUUGUUUGUAUAUUUAUAACUUAGCUGAAGAAAGGAGAAAGCUGGUUCUUUUUAUUUACGAUUUACUUUGGGGACCUUACUCUUACAACAAUAUUUAACGGCCCAUUGCUUUAUGUCUAAUGUGAUUUUAGAACAGAAAGUCUUCGUCUUGAAAUGGAUAGAAGUUGUGUAGUUACAGCCGCAAUCUUAGUAAAAACAUGUUUCGAAACAGCGUUGUAUUUUUUUCCUUUUUCCAAAGCUGAGCGUUGUAUUAGAACUCAAACAUAAAUACAGAUUGAAUUACGGUGACCUCUUCCCUCCUUUAGGUAAGUGAGUUAGUACAACUCAUUCUUAGUUGUUUCGUAUUUUAAGGUAUUGAGUGUCUCAUUUAUUAGGCCUUAGUUUGCCGCCAUUUAAAGUCUUAUCGCGAUGUUUUGUUUAGAUAAACUCGACCAUGUGCUAGAUGAUACCGGAAACACUGAAAGCAUGGUGAAACAACUUCUUUACAGAACCUUCACAACUCAGCAAGGCUGUAAUAAAGCGCUUCUUCCCACGGGUCCCAAGGUACUGUGCUAACGGUGAUUCUAUCGAAAAGUCUUCCAUGGAAAAACGACAUCUUUUUGUUUGACAUAAUUACCGAAAUUUUGUUAACUACUUGAUAUCCAAAAAUAGUUUUUAUUUGAAAACAAAAUUUUUGAAACAUACCGAAAUUUGCUCGCUGUACCGUUUUUAGUAUAGCAUAUUUUGAUGCAACAUUGAAUAGUCUAGAACUGUCUGAAUGGCGAUUUAAUGCACAUUUCUUUUAUAUUAAAGGCAUGGGAUAUCAGUAGACACAUUCUUGUCGAAGGAUACCUUGUAACUGCGAUAAAAGAGGGCAGCGCCAAAUAUCUUGCUCCAUUUUCUCCUAGAUUUCCUCAUUUCGAGGUAAGUGGCCAGUCUGUUCUAUUCAGCGCUAUAAUCUCUGAAGUAGAACGAGAGUAGUUCACAAUUUUCUGUUCCCUCAGUGUUCCCAAUAAGCAUUAGCUUGUAUUAGCUUAAUAAAUAGAGAGUUAAAAGUUGUUAUGUUCUGUUUUAGUCACACGACAGCAAUGAAUUUUACCAGCUUUCUUGCCGGGAAUGGUAUAGGGGGCGAGUUAGUACUUUCGGUUAUAAAAAACCUAGAGCACAAUCCACGCCAUCUUGCAUCAAACAUCAGCGGUACGGACCAGAUUGCUAGUUGGCUGAGAAUCGUUACUUUCGGAACUGUAAUCAUGCAGGGGCUAUGUAGUACCAUACAGAAGGACAGUUGGGAACUGAAGCAAGAUAGUUAUCGCUCAAACACUUUCUUGUUAGGUAAUGAUUAUGGAAGGGGGGACGACAAAGUGGUUUGCUCUGGGGGUCGUGUUUAAGGACUACACAUAUUGGCUACCAGGGAGAGCAGGAGGAACUGUGGGAUAUAACACUGGUGAGAAGACCAUCUGGUCCAGUAAUGCUGAAGGAACUCUUUCUAAAAACGCAACUAAAGGUGAAUAUUAAUAAGGCUGAACGUUGUCAGUUAUCCUAGCAAGGGAAUUUCAGCAGUACAAGCAUUGGUUGCCAUAGGAUUUUUAGAGAAUAACCGGCUUUCCAUCCCGGUUGGAAUUAUCGUUUUCUCCUCGAAUCCUGAAACGUUGGACUUAAGGCCUAUAAACGGUGAACGAUUUAAAAUUAUCUCUUCUCUUCACCAUAGAGGGCCGAUCCAGAUUUUCUCGAUGAUGAUGAUGAGGAUUUUGAUGAUUAAAAAAUCAAUAUAUUAGUGAUGUUAAGUAUUGUCAUGUCUUGGAAAUGGUUUUUUAAUUCGUCCAAUUGUUUUGAGGAUCCUGAUCAAUGUUUUCACGCCAAGCUUUUAACGACCUCACGAGGACUUUUCUUAAUAAAGCAGAUUUGAUUUGUGUAACGUAAUGAUUGUAACAAAGUGUUGUGUCAUGCAGGUCCCGCUGCUUGUCGUCGAGGUGACGUAGUGCGAUGUACUGUUGUGUUCGAGGAAAAGGAAGAGAUCGAUGAACAACUUUAUAAAGUUCCUGUCGUCUUUACAGUGAACGGAAGCAGAGUUGUACCAGAAGCCCAUGACUCGUGCAUUGAAUAUACUCCUGACACAUCUCUGUACCCUCAAAUUGGAUUUUACUACGAAAAUAGCGUUUUGGCUAAGGUAAUUAAAGUAACUAUAACCGUUGGUUCCACAAAUAUUUUCGUUUAUGUUUUAGGUGGACCUAGGAUGCUUUAGUAAGAGAAUAAACUAUGUAAUGGGUUUUUAGAGGGUUAGUGAAUAUGUGAUUCCUAUUCCAGUCCACAUAAUUCUGCUCUCUCAAUGAAAUCGGACAAAUCGGACUCGAACGCGUUUGAAGUCACUCGACUCACCACCUAUUUAUAGUUGCACUAUUACUGCUGUUACCUUAGUAAUAACAACAACAAUAAUAAUAAUAAUAAGAAGAAGAAUAAGAAUAAGUUAACAGCUAAUGAAUGAGGCUGAGUAUGUUAUGAAGAAUUAUGGAGAUCGAGGAGGGUGUUAUCUACAUAACACCCUCCAUAAUUCUUCAUAUGAUACGAAAGCCGAAUACAAAAGUUGUUUUAAUAUUCAGUCAAAAUAAUUCCUGGUUUAAAAACAUAGCUAAAACAUGCUUACCUCCAUCGAUCCAUCGAUGUUCAGUUCAUCUUCGAUAGUGUACGUUUAGGUUUGUCCACCUCCGCAAACAUUUUCCAGAUAGCAGAUGUCGCCCUCGGAGUUGUCUUCUUGCUGUUUUUGCUAAUUUUGAAACUAUUACUUCGACUAGUUCCAGCUGUAGUUCUUACUCUUGAAACGAGUGAAGUGUCGGCCAUUUUUGUUUUCACAAGCAAAAUAACGGUCGGCAUUAUAUUCUAACCACCAAAACCACAACUCAACCUCGUCCCCAGGUCUUCUCGGUUAGCGGUUCAUUAACCUGUAGAAGGCUGCAUUUUUGACGUCAUUUCCUCGUUAAACACAAAAUUCUUCCAAAUUUGGUCAUCAGUAACUGGUUAUGGUGAAUUAAAAGUGUGCUUUUAGCCAAUCAGAAUCGGGGAAAUAUUUUGAAGGAAUAAUAAUAACAAUUCAUGAAUGAGGCUGAAUAUCUUAUGAAGAAUUAUGGAGAUCGAGGAGGGUGUUAUCCGUCGAGGCCUUUGGCCGAAGCGGAUAACACCGUCUGAGAUCUCCAUUAUUCUUCAUAGGAUACAAAAGCCGAAUUCAACAAUUGUUUUAUCAUUCAUUCAAAAUAAUUCCUAGUUUAAAAACAUGGCUAAAACAUGCUUACCUCCAUCGAUCCAUCAAUGUUAAGUUCAUCCUCGAUAGUGCACGUUUAGGGUUGUUCAGCUCCGCAAAUAUUCUCCAAAUAACAGAUGUCGCCCUUCGAGUUGUUUUUUUGCCGUUCUUGCCAUGUUUUUAGCUAUUAUUUCGCCUAGUUCUGACUCUUGAAACCAGUGAAAUGUCCGCCAUUUUUUUUUUACAACCAAAACAACUGAACCUCGUCCCCAGGACUUCUCGGUUAACGGUGCAUUAACCAGCAAAAAAGCUGCACUUUUGAUGUCAUUGGUUCAUUAAACGCAAAAUUCUUCCAAAUUUGGUAAUCAGUAGCUGGUUAUGGUAAAUUAUGCGUUUGCUUUUAGCCAAUCAUAAUCGGGGAAAUAUUUUGAAUGAAUAAUAAUAAUAAUAGUUAAUGAUAAUAAUAAUAUAUGGUAAAUGGGCGUGGGUUCCUCUCUGCCAGAAAACACUAGGUUUGUUUCUGGCGCAGCGUAGACUACCUUGAUGAAGGAAGGUGGAUCCCUCGUGCGUUUUGGUUAGAAAUCCGUCUAGUGAUGGUGGCACUGUAAAACUAUUGGUUUGUGUAAACCUUAAAACAGGACCUCAGUUAAUGAGAGAAUGUCGAAUUUUGAAUUUUACUCUAACGACGUCAACGGCACUGUAGAGACCAGCGAGGGUGUCGCGUCUGGCAGAUGUCCUGUGGAGCAGCAGCGCAAGCCUACAAUACAAUACAAUACAAUAUUCUUUAUUUAACGAAGGUGACGUAAUAACCCAAUGAGUUAUCUAACUUACGGCCUUCACAACAAUACAAAAAACACAUAUAAAAACAAUGCCUAAUCAGUAAUAUACGACUAGACAAAUGUAUGGUUUAACAUAGAUAUAAGAUGAUAUAAACUAAUUACCUUCUAAUACAGUUACAAUAAAGAGAAAAACGACAAUCAUAACACAUUAAUUCUCCAAGAUGAGAAACGUUACUAGCAAACUUAAGGAAUAAGAUAAAGAGUUUAUGCUUAAAAUUAUUUAAUCUAGAUGAAAAAAUAAUAGAAGAAGGAAAUACACACGCUAUUUGCUUAAGAUCAGUGUCAAGGCAAUUAAAAAGAGUGGCAGCAGAGUAAGACCAGGCCUGGUCGAACAACGACAGGAGAGAUAAGGCCGGUCAAAGGAAGACAACGAACGACUGUUUUAGUGUUACAUUAGGAGUGAGCAAGAGAGGAAAAAUUACAGAAAGAGACUGUUGGAUUGUGGAAUCUCAUAACACCAACGAUGAGUUAACGGGUGUUACUGAGCAGAGACUAGCAGCUCAAGUACGGCAGAUUAAGCACAAGAAGUAGCUGGAGACAUUGGAAAAAGAGAAAAAAACUCUGAGGGCAAAUAACAAACAUCAGCAGAUUGAAACUACGGAGCCUAGAACCACAAAUUCACCACACCACGCCCGCAAGGAUAACUCCUGAUAUCCAAGAAGAAGACCAAAGUGUUAGGGAUGACUAGCGAUGACUAGGGUUGACUAGAUAACAUUAGAGCUGCCGAGGAAGCUAGUCGUUCCCCAGCUAAAGAGCUACAAAGAGCGGUGAACCCAGAACUCGAUGUUCUCUUCGACAGGAUUCUGGUAGUGAUGCAUUUAGAUCAGAGACUAGGAUUAUAAUCAGUGAGGUCAUGCGAUUGAGCAAAGUUGAGAGCAGAAGUUGGAAAAGUAAAUGGAGUCAUCAAGACGAUUCAGCGGUAAAACGUUAUUGAACUAAUCUCUUUACUGUAUGAAGCUGCAAAUGUCACAACAUGUGUCACAACGGAAAGAAUGGGAAUGCUGAAAAAGAGGACAGAAAAAAGAACUGAAGAGCCAUUUGGAGAGAGGGGGAUCAAGAGGAACAUUAGAACUUGGAGAAAAGAUUUUAGCAAGAUUGAAGAAAUCCGAAGACAAAACAUGACAUUUAAACAAAGAUAGGGAAAAGCUGAAAAGAAAAUAUCGUCUCGGGGAAAGAAGAGCUAUGUAUGUUUCAGCAGUGCUGAAGCAGAAAAUUAAGGCAAGUGGAAUUAAGAUCAAAAUAAGAUAUGACGAGAAAAUAUUUGAAGAAAUCAAGAUGUCGUUUGGGCUAGACAAGUGUGCUGUCCUGGAAAUUAGGAGAGGGAAAGCCGUGGAAUGUAACUACUGGCGACCAGCACAUUGGGAGGGUUGAGGAACAGGGUUACAGAUACCUCGGCAUUUUGCAGUUGGACCAGACUCUAAAUAUCAAGAUAAAAGGUGUAACGAUUCCCGACGGAUCGCACUUGAUACACGAGAUAAAACUCAACAAACUUUAAAAGUCAAAAGCCAUGAUAAUCAGCCAGCACACUAUUACAAUAUCCCUUGACUCCGGCAAAUCAAGCGCACACGUCUAGACUUCCGGUAGAACUAUAUCAAAACAUCAGUACAAAAGGCAUGAUAACAGUGGAAUAUGUUGGAGUUAAGAAGCUGUGUUGAUCAAAAUUGAAUGGUGGAAAUCUUAUUAGUGUCAUGAUCUGUCAUCAAUGCCUUGGCCGCAGGUGUAGUACGCUGUAGUGCAGGUAUCGUGAAUUGGAUAGUGGAAGAGGUGGUAAGCAUGGAUAGAAAAACUAGGAAGAUAUUGGCAACGAAAUUGGCUGUUAACACACCAGGGAUAAUGUUGCCAGACUAUAUCUACCGAGGAAGAAGGGGAAAAGGAUUGAUUGGUAUUGAGGAGUGUGUUAAGAGGAGAGCAAAUCCUUGCAUGGCUACCUCAGAGAUAGUAUAGAGUGAAUCAGAAAAUGGCUUUGAAUGAGAAGGUGCUUGUUGAAGAAGAGAAUCUUCAGGACUAUACCAGAGGGAGAAGGAAAGAGGAGAAAGUCGGGAACUGAAAGGAAAAAGGCGUCCAUGGAGAGUUUGCUUUCAACUCUUCAGAUGUGCCAUGGCUAGAGUGGAUUCCUUUAUGUGGAGGAUUGUAACAGGUAUUACAAGUAAUAAAAUAAAAAGCAGAUCAAGGGCAAGAACAAGAACAGAACGCUAAAUCCUCUCUGCUCAAGAACGAGCUUUAGGAACAAAUUCGGUGAAACAGUGCAUAGAUAAGACCUCUAAGACAACACUGUGCAGAUUGUUUGGUGACUAAAAUGAAGCAGUGGGACAUAAUUUUAGUGGAUACAGCAUGCUUGGUCAGAGAGAAUAUAGAAAGCGCUACUACAAUGUGCCUCCACGGGUACACUGGGAGUAUGGGAUCGCGUGUGCCUACAACUUAUACCACUGUCAACCCUUACCAGUCGAGAAGACCCAGAAAAACACAACGAUAAUGAUAAUUAUAACGAUAAUAAUAAUAAUAAUAAUAAUAAUAAUAGUUUUUUUGUGAAUGGUCGAAGCAUUCUUGUGCCCAGAGCCUCCUGAGGGCGUGAGCACGAGGACCAAGAGGCUCUGGGGGCCCAGGAUUUAAAGUCCUAGAUUAAGGACUUCCGGUCAUUUCCGAUUCAAAAGUAACUUGGAGGAUUCUCUUUUAGGAGCUUUGAAUCACCUAAAUUAACAGUCACUGACACUUCUGCAAGAGCAAGCGAACGCUAUUAGAAACGUUGUAGAAAAUCAGAAAUGACUGGAAGAACUAAAAUCUAGGACUUCAAAUCCUGUCUCCCCAGAGCCUCCUGGUCCUUGUGCUCAGGCCCCCAGAAGGCUCUGGGGACGAGAAUGUGGUCGAAGUUGAAUAAUUGGAGAGAGUUUGCCAAUUGCUAUGUUCUUUACUGUAGAUGUGCCCGAGAGAAGAUCUCGAUUAUCAAGACGUGCAAAUUCAGGAACUACGAUCUGAUGUUUUGAAAGUGAAGACUGAACUUACCGGUCUCUCUAAGAGUUUACUACGUACAAAGGAGAGUGUGGUACGACAUGACGAGAAUUCAGACGUUGCAGACAUUCGCGAAGACCUAUCACUUCAUGAAAUGAAGUUAGAACUUUCUGAGAUAAGAUCAGAACUUUCUCAUGUCAGAGUCAGUUUAGAUGCUGUGUUAGCAAGGUUAGCUAAGACUGAAGAUUAGUUUGAUUCCUUCAACAGUAGCCAAACUUACAGCAUCUAAAUUUCUGACAUAAAAGUGAAGAAGGCAAAAAAAAACCUUCGAAUUUACUGUGGGUAAAAGAGGCACGAUCGAGUUCACUAGACGUUUAUUUGAUAACAUUCGGGGCUCAAACUU